CACCGCUUGAUCUACCUAACCCUGCGAGAGACAACAAGCGCCCCCCCCCCACUUCAGCAGAAGGAGAGCUGGUGGGGCGGGGGGACCGUCCGGCUGGGCUCCACUCAGCAAACGCUGCAAGACUGACUGCCUUCUUACCUGCAGCAGCCCUGGAGAGACCAGGUGCAAAAGUAUUAGCAGCAGCGGCAGGGAAACAGAUGUAGGAGCGCAGGGGGAUGAGCAGGGAUGCCACCUCUACACCAGAAGCAGAAGGAAGGGGAGAUAAUCAGGUAUCUCAAAGGAAGUGGGGGGGGGGGAAGAGAUGUUAAAAAGCAUUACGGAUUCUGGAUUUAUACCAACUCGGGAAUUGAAAUAUUUUUUGUCUUUCCCCCUCCCCAAGAGGAAUUAACAAGAAUACUAAACAUCGUCCUGGAGAGUGAAGGCAGAUAUCCAUUCUUUUGAUACGUGAGUAUUGGGCAAACUUGCCUCCUGCUUCUGCUUAUAAUCCCCCAAAUUCUGUUGCAUGCAAAAGUUUUCUUUGGACACCUGUAUCAUUGAAGCUCCCUGCUGUGUUGCACCCCUCCCCCCCCCCCGCCCCAGAUCUCCUGGGGAUAUGCAGGUUUUAAAAAAUAUUUGUCUAUUGAGUCCAAGUAGGAAGGGAAGACAAGCGACAGGGUCUAACAGGCUGGACGGUAGAGCUGCUUAUCUUCAGAUUCACUGGCUUGUGUUCUCCUGCUGGGUCUGUCCAGGGCACCCACCUGUUGUCUUCCAUUUCACACUUUGGUUGCUGUUUGCAAUCUGCAACUGUUUGCUCCAGAACAAACUUUUGUGGAGUUGUUGCAGAGUAAUUGGGAUGAAGAUUGCAGUCUUGGGUUGUAAAUCUUUUGGAGCAGAAAGAGACAUCCUGUACUCAGUGGCAUGACAUGGGUUUGCUUGGAACUGGGGCUCCUUGACACUCCUGUAAACAUUAAGAGGGAAAUGUGCAACAAGUAGUACACACACACACACAAUCACACACACGUGAAAUUCUGGAUGUAGUAACGAUAGCAUGCAGAUUUGAACUAUGGGUCAUUUUAGAUGGGGUCCUCAUAAGAAAAGUUUCUACAUCUGCAGGCACACGAGACUCUUUUUGAAAUCUUUGGUUCUGUUUGGAGGUUGUUUUGCCAUGUUGGUUUUUAAAAUAACUCAAACUGAUUGCUAGGCAGGUAGAAGUCUUUGUGAUCCCCUCUCCCAUCCUCAGUGCAAGACAAUUUUGAACAAACCUAUUUCUCCCUAUAAGUAAAAGUCAACACGGUCUCCUUUCAGGAGACAUGGCAUUCUUACUUGCAGGAUCCUGUCCUGUCCUGCUAUCCUCUUUGUUGCUAGAUUGAUAAAAUAAUAAAGAGAGCUUUCAUUUCCGAAAGGCUGAUUGACAUGUUGAACCGAUGCACAAAAUGGAGCCCAGUAACUGAACAUGUGAAGAAUUUAUGAAUGCGCAUAUCUGAAGCAACUAUUGCCAAAACAAGACUGAGGUUCUUUUGGAUUAGACACUGCACAUAUGUAAUUUACUGUCCCGAAGACCUUACAGAAUAAAGGUGAGUCUGCACUAGUGAGUUAACACACAUAUCUCAUCGGCAUCAUUUUGGAAUUUUCAUCGGCUGACUUUUUUUGCACAAUAAAAUGCACAGUCAUUACUAAUUCCUGAAUUGGGAUCCAAAUGUCUUUCCUUGAGGCUGUGCUUCUGUUUGUAGGAUCUUGCCUUUUCCUAGCACCCAAACAAUAGUAUUUUUUCUGAGGGGGUAACUUCAACUCCCUCCCCCAAUUUAGUCCAAUCUAUUCCAGUAAGGGGGGGGCUGUCUAGAGUAAUGGCUGUGUGAGGAUCACCCACCAGUGAUGGAGCAUCGCCAUGCCACCAGGACCCAGCCCUCAUCUUCCUCAUCUUCUCACCACGUUGUUAGCUUGCAAUUCCUAAACACGGAUGCAUUUGUGGGUUUAUUUGUUUAUUUAAGUGCCAUAUUGCUGGACCAAUCGUCCAAGGUUGGCUUCAUACUUCCACAUCAUGUCAGGGACACUUAUCUGAAACACAUAAAACAAGUUAUUCACACUGUGUUGCACCAAAAUUCGGACUCAAGCUUUGAGCAAAUGGCCUCUGGAAAUUCUGCACCAAAUUUGUGGGAAGAGAAAUUGGGAAAGACAGACCAUUUCACAAAAUUUCUCCAUAUGGGAGGAUGGGGAAGAUUAUCCAACAGUUUCCCAGGGAUGGGGUAGCAGAACAGCUUUCUUCUCCCCUGCCCCCUGCUUGGUUUCCCUCCCCACCUGGCCACCAUUUUGCAUCUUCCUCAGUGCCCCAGACCUUGCAUCAUUCCAGGGUGCUGUGCCAGAUUGCAGGUAUGGCAGCUGCCACAAAAAAGCUAAACUAAAACUAAAAUUUCUGAAUGGUGGCAAAUAUUCCGGAAAAAUUCUGCAAAGUGGCCCUUUGGGGUUAAGAGAGGGGAAAUACCAGAAAUUUAUCGAAAGAAAUGUAUUUGGCGAACCUUUCGUUCACCUCUAGCUGGAGAAUUCAUUUAGCCUGGUUUCUUUGUUUUUGUAUUACUUUUUAAAAAAAUGGUUAGAAGAUCAUGAAAUAUCCGGGUGAGCUUUCCGUCCACAUUAUUCUUCACCUACUUCCUUGCUUUAGCUUUCCCCACAGCACCCCCAUUCCCAGCUGGACUUCCAGGGCUGUUCCUGGAACUCCUGAAAGUCUCUUUAGGUAUGUGCUCCUAGAUCUGCAUGAUCCAGCCCAACAUCCACUCCUCGAAAUCUGGUUUCAUUAUCUGCAUUUCAGGGUCAUCCCCACUUCUGCGACUGUGGAACUGCUCUCAUAACUAGAAAGGUCUCCUUUCUCGUGUUUCACCAGUAGCUACCUCCAGUUCAGCUGGUAUAGAGAAGGACAAGGAAUUUUCCUCCUUCAGUUCAGUGUAUGAAGAGCCCUGCUAGAUCAGAACAAUCUCCCGUCCAAUCACCGUUCUCAAAGUGGCCAGCCACAUACAUAUUUUUCGUUCUAUAGGACGCACCGGACCAUAGGACGCACCUUGUUUUAGAGGCGGAGAACAAGAAAAAAAAUUCUCCCCCUCUCUGCUCAGCACCCCUUCAGCGAAGCGGCAGGAGAAACAGAGCCCCUUCCAUUUCUCCUCCCGCUUGGCUGAAGGGGCGCUGCGCAGCUCUCCCUCUCUGCUGAAGCCAGGAGAGUCUUGCUCUCCUGGCUUCAGCAAAAGGAGCCUGAAGCCUGCAGAGCGCAGUGGGAACUCGCGCUGCGCUCCAAAGGCUUCAGGCGGCUAUCCCUGAAGCCUGGAGAGCGAGAGGGGUCAGUGCGCACCGACCCCUCUCGCUCUCCAGGCUUCAGUGAAAGCAACGCGAAGCCUCCGGAGUGCGGAGGGAGCACUUCCUCUGCGCUUCGGAGGCUUCACGUUGCUAUCGCUGAAGCCAAGGAGCCUGCAUUCACUCCAUAGGACGCACACACAUUUCCCCUUAAUUUUUGGAGGGGAAAAGGUGCAUCCUAUAGAGCGAAAAAUACGGUACUUCCUGGGAAACCCACAAGCAGACCUGAGCUCAGUAGCAUUUUCCUGCUCGUGGUCCCCAGCAACUGAAAUUCAUAUGCAGACUCUCUCUAAUGCUGGAGGUGGUAUAUAUUCAUCCUGGCUAGUAGCAAUUGAUAGCAUUAUCACCAGUGCUCCCCCUCCCUAGGAAAAUAGGUGCCGGUACUCAUCACCAUGAAGUUGUUGCAGUAAGUGCCACACUUUUUAACAACAAAAAAGAGAGGUGCCGGUACCGUGUACCCUUUUUGCACCCCCUCAAAAAAGCACUGAUUAUUGCCCACUAAUUUGACUUUUCAAUCUUUAAAACUGCCCAUGUCAGCAGCCAUCACUACAUCUUAAAGUAGCAAGUACUAUAGUGGAUGUCAGGAGCCAGAGACAUGCGAGACAUGCCUAGGGGUCAGCGAUAAAAAACACAGUGUCAGUACAGUUAACUCUUUAUUCUGAGAAACCCAAACAGCUCAGACCUAGUGAUUCCAAUAAAUAAUAGUAGUAGUAAUAAUAAUAAUAAUAAUAAUAAUAAUAAUUAUACCUCACCCAUCUGGUUGGGUUUCUCUAGCCACUCUGGGCAGCUCCCAACAGAAUAUUAAAAACCCAAUAAAACAUCGAACAUUAAAAACUUCCCUAAACAGGGCUACCUUUGGAUGUCUUCUAAAAGUCAGAUAGUUGUUUAUUUCCUUAACAUCUGAUCAGAGGGAGUUCCACAGGGCGGGCACCACUAUCAAGAAGCCCCCCUGCCUGGUUCCCUGUAACCUCACUUAUCGCAAUGAGGGAACUGCCAGAAGACCCUCAGCGGUGGACCUCAGUGUCCGGGCUGAACAAUGGGGUUGGAGACGCUCCUUCAGGUAUACUGGGCCAAGGCUGUUUAGGGCUUUAAAAGUCAGCACCAACACUUUGAAUUGUGCUUGGAAAUGUACUGGGAGCCAAUGAAGGUCUUUCAGGAUUGAUGUUAUAUGGUCUCAGAGGCCACUCUUCCCAGUAGGGCGUGCCGCAGUUAUAGUGACUGAAGGUCCUCAUCUUUCCACCCAAAAUAUUUUAUUCAAAUUGGCACCCUUGUGAAGACCACUUUGCCCCUGGCCCUGCCCACCACUGAAAUGUAGCCCACCCCAAAGGGAAUGUGGCUCUUGGCCUGGAAAAAAACUUUUCCCCAAUUCCUGGUUUAAAGCAGCUCCCUCACUUUCCAUUCCAAAUUUGCCCAAUUUUCAUUCCCAUUAUAACUCAUGACAGAAUGCCAUUCUGGAGCUUUAUAUACAGAUCUGGCAUCAAAUGAAGGCAAAAGGAAACCUAGUGAAGAUGUAAAGGGGUAACCAGGACCACAAGGCAUCUCGUUUUGCCCAAGCUAAUUCUCACCUCUGCAGUGAAGCUCUCUGCCCACCCCAGGCCGUCUCAUGGCAACAGCUUUGGCUUCCCAUCCUCUGGCACUACCCAUGCCUGCAAGCAUAUGUCUUUGGUUGGGUGAAAACAGCAGAAAGAAAAUAAUCAUAAGGAUAACAAGGGGAAUUAGAAGCAGAAAAGGGCUCAUUAGUCCUCCCUCUCAUUAAACAAUGAGUUCUGGGCUUUGUCUAACAUAGUAUCAAGAGACUGACGACGGGACUUCAUUGGAAAAUUAGUGAUUUCACUGUGUAUUACAAUCAUUUAUUCAAAUGACCUGGGAGGUGUAAUCAGGCGUCUGGGGAAGGUGGCAGAGCUCUUAAUGGAGGGUGAAACUGACACAGGAGUACUUGAGAGCCCUGUGGCAAAUUCAGAUAAUAAUAAGGGGUUUUGAAUGCCCAAAGUUUGAAUAAUGAAGGGUCUCAUAAAGGGUCUCUGGUACAGGGAAGUAUUAUAUUUCUGGAUUCUCGGCUUUACUUGAUUCAAUUUAUUCUCUCAAAACAAUUCAUCUCCUGGAUCUGCAGCACUUCCAUCCAAGUAAUAUAAUUGUAGAAAUUCAGGCAGAAGGCCUGGUGGUUUGUUUCAUUGGAGCACUGGAUGCAGAAAUGUCAUUAAGGACAUAAGGAUGAUAUGUCAACACAUUUAGAGGAGGGAUUGGCGCUUAUUAACAGGAUGUUUGAGGAAGGUUCCCUGUUGCCAGGACCGGCUCUCCCAUUAGGCAGAAGCAGCUGGUUUUGAGUGACAUGAAAGCAUAGCAAAUGGUUAGUUGAUUUAUGGAUGGUAGAGGCAUUUGUGGAAUUUUCUGUCUUAGAUACCCAAAUAUCUUGACCAGCUUUGGGUAAUAUACACCUUGACUUUGGAGGCAGCAAAAUGUAUUGGGUUGCCUCUACCCAUUGUUGAAUCCCAGAAGCCAAGACUUAAGUUUGGAGCAAGAACUCUUUGGGGAGAAAACCCCAGCAGAAAUGUAACAUUGCAAUACAAGCAUCUUCAGGAUUUUCUGUAAGCAUAUGAGUGCCAUUUUUCAUGCAAAAGCCUGAUAGGUCAAUCAGCUGUCCUUCCCCUUUUCCUGUCACGGAGACAAAGAUUUCCCAAGGGUUCAGCAAGAAACAUGGUUGAUGCUCCUCUGCAUAGGAACAACCAUCGCAUUUCUAAAGUUGACAAAAGUUUUAAAUGAGGCCUGAGGACAACUGCAUAGUCGACAACUAUAGUCUACCUAUAGAUGUUCCUUGGAUGAUUACAGUGCAACAGAGACUUAGCUUAACAGGGGCCUUUAUUGUAUGAUAUAGUGAGCAUAAUGAUUAAUCCAGCCAUGUGCCAGGGUGUCAUAGUAACAGGCUAAAAGGUGCAGGUUAAAUGACCUAGCAAUAGAUUGUUCAGUGAGAAUACAGUAACAGCAAAUGCAUGUCCAGCUGAAAGGGCUUCCUCCAUUCAGAGACCAGUUCUUCAAGAUCUCCUCCUUAAGGUAUUUGCAGCUUUCGAUUUGGGUUCACAUUUUCAGUAAGAAUCUUUGACAAGUCAAGUAUGGAGUUCUCUCCCCAGAGCGGUUCAUAUCACUCCUUCUUUAGACGUCUUUAGUCCCCAGGUGAAAAUGUUCCUCUUCACCCAGACCUUGGGCUGUUUAAUAUUCUAUAGCCUUUUAGAUAUGAUUUGGGACAGGGGGGUUAUUUUUUUCAUUAUGUUUUUGUUCUAUUUAUUUGUGCUUUUAUCCUGUAUUUGUUUCUUGUGGACUACCCUGAGAUCUCCGGGUGAAGGGCGGUGUAAAAAUUUAAUUUAAUUUAAUAAUAAUAAUAAUUAGUAUUUUUAAAAUUAACUGAAGCAAAAUAUGCAUUUGAGUCUGAGCCAUUUGUAGAAUGCACCACUUUGUAUACAAUAUGGGUGGUCAGUAACUUAAUCUGACCAAUUCAUCAGUUUUUAGAUCUCUCCCAUUUUCUAUAACUGUCCAAUGGCCCAAUCAUUCCUAAGAAACAACUAGACAGUGAAGAUGGAGAUGCUCUCACUUUUCUGAGCAGCCUUAUGGACACUGCAUGCUUCCAUUUCCUUUCCCAUCCUUGGAAAUUUCCCUGCUAGUUUUAGUUCUCGGCCAUGCCAUGACUGGAGAACUGGGGGCACAAGCUAGCAGCCCCUGGGUCAAAUCUCUUCCCUCCUGCCAUUGUCAACCUUUGAGGCAAUGCAGAAAUGGCAACAAGUACUGGGGCACUGAUACGUGGCAGCAGGCCACUUGAGGCCAUAGUGCAACUGCUUAACACUAGUCUCCAGCAAAACUAUUUGUUUUAUUCAUUUAUCUCAUAAAAUUUAUAUGCUGCUAGAUUGAAAAAACACAACACAGAAAACAAACCCUCAAUGCUCCCCCCCUUGGGUGAUAGCUUUGGUUUGUUUGCACAAAUCUUUUUUAAAGGGUUUAUGUUUGAAGGCAGAAUUUUCUUUAAAAUAUUAUUUUUAUUGGUUUAGGCGAUAUAGAUCUAAACACUGAAAGACAAAGCUUUGGCAUGCACUCAGAUAGGAGGCAUUUGAGUCCCUCGUAAGACACUUUAGGCAUGAUCCAGCCAAAGUUAAGUCUAUGUAAGAAGCAGAAAACUGAAAGCUAGAAGUUUACAGUCUGCUGACAAUCAAAAUCAAUGGGGACUUCUUUGUGCACCUUUCUGUACAGGAGGAGAACAAGCCACUCAGCUGUAAAAUCUGGAAUCUCCAUUAAGUUCUGUGCUCCUCUUCAUGCCCCGGCAAAAUGAAUGGAGUUUGUAAAGUGGACUUUUCCCCCAUUUCUCUCUCUGGUGCUACCUUUAGUUUGCUAUAAGAUGCAUUAUAAGCUCUCUCUCUCCCCCCCUCCCUGUUCUUCCCAAAUGCAGACCGCUUCCAACUGAUCCAAUCACCUCACUCUUCUGCCAUGGACAAUUUCAACUUCACCACCAUACUGGCUUCCUGGGAAGAGAAUUCAACAGCCAGCUGGGCAGCCCCUGUUUCUGGGAACCUAUCCCAAGCUUCCAGGCUUGGCCUGGAUGUCAGCGGUGUCCUCAUCCCUCUGGUUUACCUCAUCGUCUGCGUGGUGGGACUAGCUGGAAACUCCCUGGUCAUCUAUGUGGUUUUGUGUCAUUCUGUGAGCGAAUCAGUGACCAACGUCUACAUCUUCAACUUGGCGCUGGCCGAUGAGCUCUUCAUGUUCGGCCUGCCCUUCUUGGCUGCACAAAAUGCCUUAUCCUAUUGGCCUUUCGGCUCCUUCAUGUGCCGGCUAGUGAUGGCCGUGGAUGCUAUAAACCAGUUCACUAGUAUUUUCUGCCUGACCGUGAUGAGUGUGGACCGCUAUCUGGCGGUAGUGCACCCAGUGAAAUCGUCAAAAUGGCGGACGGCACGUGUGGCCAAGGCAGUCAGUGCCACUGUUUGGGUGCUCUCUUCCGUGGUGGUGCUGCCUGUGGUCGUGUUUUCAGAUGUCCCCCCGGGCAUGAGCACAUGCCACAUCCAGUGGCCUGAGCCGGCUUCAGUUUGGAAAGCAGGUUUCAUUGUCUACACAGCCACUCUUGGCUUCUUUGGGCCUCUGCUGGUCAUCUGCCUAUGUUACCUGCUUAUUGUUGUCAAGGUUCGGUCGUCGGGCAGAAAGGUGAGAGCGCUGACGGCCAAGCGCAAGCGCUCCGAGCGGAGAGUCACGCGCAUGGUGGUUGCCGUCGUCGCGGUCUUUGUCCUCUGCUGGCUACCUUUCUAUGUGCUCAACAUCAUCAACGUCAUCUGGACUUUGCCUGAGGAGCCAUCUCUCUUUGGCAUCUACUUCCUUGUUGUGGUCUUGCCCUAUGCUAACAGCUGUGCCAACCCCAUAAUCUAUGGCUUCCUCUCGUACCGCUUCAAGCAGGGUUUCCGCAGGGCUCUUCUCAGACCCUCCCGCCGAGUGCAAAACCAAGAAAUCGCAGCAGCAGCAACCACGGGUGGUAAGAUGGAGGAAGAGGAAGAGGAAGACGAUGAAAUGGAGGCAGAAGCAAGUGAAGUCAGCAAGAUUGCCCAAAACGGCAAUGGCAUGCAAGAGUGCACCCCCAUCAGUGGGGCAGGGGGGAGCAGUGAACAGAAGCCACUGCCAGAGGAGCCUGGGAUCUCUGAGAAGCCUAGUGUUAUGAACAUUAGCUACUUAUAGUGACUCUUCUUCUCUCUGAAACACCCAGGCAGUGACUCAUUUGGAAUAACAAACGGAAGGAUCAUUCAUAAUGCAAGGGAUUCCUAAAAAACAGAAAGCCUGAGAGGGAUGUGGGCAGAUAAAUAUCCGCUUUCAAACAGUAAAGCAAGGCCUAACAACCAGAGUGGCGGGUAGAACAAAGGCUUCCGGGAUUUGGUUUGGAAGAAGUAUAUUUCCUUGGCUGACAUGACUGGUCAGCUGAGUAAGGUCAAGAGAGUCUGUGUCCUCUCCAACAUCUUACAGCUGAAAACAGGGAUUCUCAUGUUUAUGAUUCUCAGACCAAGGAUUUCUGCCAAGAAGCAAUCCCACCUCCAUCCAUGCAUUAUUGCACAUCGCUGUGUGGUGUUCUGUGCUAAUAUACCCUGCAUUAAUAACUCGGCCCACCAUAACAAUUUACUUAAAAUAGGACUUUAAUCUCACCCCAACUUUGAUUGGACUUCUUGGAGCAGGAGCAGCCAACCUGCUGCCCUACAGAUGUGGCUGGAUCCAAACUCCCAUCAGCUCCAGCCAGCAUGGACAAUGAUCAGGAAUCAUGGGAGUUGUAGUCCAGUGACCUCUGGAGGACACCACAUUGGCUAUCCUGGCUUAGAGAACAGCUAUGACUCAACCCCAUUUGGUAAUGUUUAUUACUGUUCUGAUUCAAUGGACAUGGGAAAGCGGAAAGAAAAGAAACUUAUGCACAUGGGAAAAGGGAGAAAAAGGAAUAUCUGGGGAAGGGCCUUAGCAUUUGAUUUUCAUACAGAAGGUCCUGGGUUCAGUUUGCAGCAUCUUCCAUGCAGGGCUGGGAAUGUCCCAUGCCUGAAACCCUGGAGAGCUGCUGGCAAUCAGGGCAGAUACUGACUGAGAUGGACCUCAUGAUCUGACUCAGUAUAAGGCACCUUCCCAUGUGCUCCCACUAACAAAAUGAUGGGAGCAGGUGGCACUGUGGUCUAAACCACUGAGCCUCUUGGGCCUGCUGAUCAAAAGGUUGGCGGUUCGAAUCCACACAAUGGGGUGAGCUCCCAUUGCUCUGUUCCAGCUCCUGCCAACCUAGCAGUUCAAAAGCACACCAGUGCAAGUAGAUAAAUAGGUACUGCUGCGGCAGGAAGGUAAACAGCAUUUCUGUGUGCUCUGGUUUCCAUCACAGUGUUCCAUUGUGCCAGAAGUGGUUUAGUCAUGCUGGCCACAUGACCCAGAAAGCUGUCUGUGGACAAACACCGGCUCCCUUGGCCUGAAAGCAAGAUGAGCACUGCAACCCCAUAAUCGCCUUUGACUGGACUUAACCAUACAGGGGUCCUUUACUAACAGGGGCAUUUUACUAACAAAAUGCUUUAAAAGCCAUUCCAGAAUCUCUUUUUUAAAAAAGUAUCUGUUAUUACUAAGGAAACGUCCCAGAAAAUAGGCAGUAUACCUGAAAAACAAGGUCUGUUGGACAAAAAUGUAGGACAAGACUUAAGUCUUUGGAGAGUCAGUGCAAUAUAGUGGCGAAGAAGUGCAGUGUGAUUGUAUGCCUAUUUACUGAGAAGUACACCCCACUAUAUUCAAUGGAGCUUACUCCCAAGGGAGUAUUCAUAGGAUUACAGCCUGAGUUAUGGACCAGGAAGUCCCUGAUUUAAAUCUCAUUUCCUCUCUGCUAGUAUUGUCCCCAUACCACCAACUGGAACACUGAGAACAGUCUCGGCACCCCAUUCUGCCACUCGGGUAUCCUAACCUACCUUCCAAGGUUGUUGUAAGGUUUACUGACUGAAGGAACCAGAGGUGCCGGCUUCUGAAGGAGAAUGGCAGGGCUGAUGUUGAAUGUGGUGGCAGCACAGCUUCAAUGGCUCCUCCUCCUUCAGCCUCUGGCAGGCGGCUGCUUCAACCCUCCUUCCCAUCUACCAGAGGAGGAGGAGGAGAAGGAGCCAGUCUCUGAAGCUGUGCCCUGCUUGGCUCCGCGCUUGAUCUCCUCCACUGCUUUUGAACAUGGGGGGAGGCCCUGGCCCCCUCCCAAAAAUAUUGCGGGGAGGGCUCGGUCCCUAUGGGAUUGCGCCCCUGUAAGGAAUGUAUGUGAAGUGCAAUGAAUGCUCUGAAAUGCUCUCUUUAAAAAAAAAAAAAAAAGACUAGAAUUGUGAUUAUUCUCGCUGCAGCUUUGCUCUGUAACAUAUGGAGAGGUUAUGAAGCACAGCCUUCCGUUCAGUGGAAGGGGUCUGGUUUGUGAUGUGCCCUUGUGGGUGAGCAGGGAAGGUGGCAGGAAAAAAGAGUUUGUUUUUAUGAAAUGCUGCCACUUAUACCCACCCUUUCUGACAAGUAACCACUUCCUCAGGAAGCAAAUACAAUAAACUUUUUCCCUCCAGAGGUAUUGGCCUCCAUUUCUCAUUGCUGUCUUUUAUGUUUACAAAACUGUUGGAAUUCUCCUAAAUGUGUUGUCCCUAACUUUAGGAUCUGUGGUGGUUUCUCGGUGGGAAAGGGCGCAGAGGAGAAGAAAUGUUUUGGGAAUACAGUGGUACCUCGGGUUACAUACGCUUCAGGUUACAUAUGCUUCAGGUUACAGACUCCGCUAACCCAGAAAUAGUGCUUCAGGUUAAGAACUUUGCUUCAGGAUGAGAACAGAAAUUGUGCUCCGGUGGCGCGGUGGCAGCAAGAGGCCCCAUUAGCUAAAGUGGUGCUUCAGGUUAAGAACAGUUUCAGGUUAAGUACAGACCUCCGGAAUGAAUUAAGUACUUAACCUGAGGUACCACUGUAUUCACAACAUAGCCAUGAUUGCUGCGUAAUGCUCCAUUGCCAGAGGAUCUCUCCAUUGCCUCUGUAUACCAGUUCCUGAGAAUCACAAGCAGGGAAAGUCCUUCUUACACCUGGUCCUUCUCCCUGGCUUCUCCCUGAGGCAUCUGGUUGACCAUUGUGAAGAUGGGGCUAGAUGGGGCUUUGACCUGAUCCAGAAGAGCUCUCCUGGUGUUCUGAUGCUCACAUUGCCAUCUUCUCCCUCCCCAAGUACCGGCCUUUGAAAGCUAAAUGGCAGUCAGCAAAAAACCCGAACAGAUUAAGAGAGCUUUGUGAAGACACGCACACUUCAACGCUUCCAAGACCUCACCAUUUGUCAUCAACAUUCCUUUCAGCCUCUUAAUUUCUUGCAGCCGGGCUUUCUUCUUCUUCUUUGCUUGAGUAGGAAUCCUUGAAAUUAGUUUCCGUGUUGGUGCUAGGCAAUAUCUGGUGUCAACCCUUCUCCUCUUCGCCAAGCGGCUUCAACAAGUGCAUUUAUUUGAAAACAGCCAUGUUUGGGAGCGUGUUCAAUGAGGAAUGAGAGUGGGUGGGUGGAUGGGAGAACAAGUGGGCCCAAGUAUGUUUCCUUCAGGUUUAUUCUGCUCCCACAAGUGCUGGUAUAUGACUUUCCCUCACCCCCACGCCUUGAACUUUCCGAUACACGGCCGUUGCUAAGAUACACAGACCAACUUCAAUCUGGAGUCCUGUGUGUGAUCUUGGGCACUAUCCUCCAGAGGGAGCUUUCAGAAACAGAAAGAGGCGGGUAGGGAGGGGGGACAAAAGAGGAGGAAAGAACAGGAGGGAAAGGGUUUUGAUAUGCUGAGAGGGAAAUGGAUGGGUGGACAGGGGUGCACAGAGAAACCCUGCUCUUCAAUACUACAUCAAUCAUUGGGUUUUCUUUUUUCCAAAAAUGCCCCAUUUGGGAACAGCCCAGGUGAAACUGUGAGAAACUAUGUUAGCGUUUGUGCAGUUUUUCUUAUAUUUGAGUCAGAGCUGAUGUGUUAAAAGGAGGUGGGUGAGCACAUUUCAAGCUAUCAACACCUUAAAUGACUUAAAGCUGAGGUAUUACUCCUUAACAACCUGUAGCAAAGUCUAUAGAGAGCUAUAAAAGGGAUAGAUUUUAGCAUGUACCUAUGACUGAAGUCAGUGUCGGUGUUACUGACCCUCGAAGCUACAAUUGGCUUUGCUGCUGUGAUGUCAUUGAGGGAUCAGACAGCCUAGUACCAGGCAGCUGAUAGAGAGAGUUUGAGAAAAUGAGCUUUUGCUCAUUUAUAUUGCAAUAUGUUCCACUGAACUCAGUGGGAUUUACUUCUGAGUGUACAUGCAUACAUUCAGUCAGUAUACUAUCCAAGUAUUGCCUACAGUAUUACUUUGGGCUUUAAAAUGCCAUCUUGUUGGCACAAAUCUUUUUGAGUGGUUCUGGAGCCUUGUAAUGGACUCCAAUUCCCAUCAGCUGCAACCAGCAUGGAUAGGUUAUGGGAGAUGUAGUCCAACAAUGUUGGUGUGUGUGUCACAAGUUCCCCUUCAUUGCUUUAACAUCCUUUUAAGAGAAAACAGAAUUUUAUUUUAUUUCAUUUAUAAACUGCUGCGAGGUUUUAUUACAAUUGAGGUUACAAAUUUUGUUAAAUAAUACUAAUAAAGAAAUAUUUGCUGCACAGUGGUACCUCUGGUUAAGAACUUAAUUCGUUCUGGAGGUCCAUUCUUAACCUGAAACUGUUCUUAACCUGAAGCACCACUUUAGCUAAUGGGGCCUCCCGCUGCCGCUGCGCUGCCACUGCAUGAUUUCUGUUCUCAUCCUGAAGCAAAGUUCUUAACCUGAGGUACUAUUUCUGGGUUAGUGGAGUUUGUAACCUGAAGCAUCUGUAACCCAAGGUACCACUGUACAGGGUUAAGACUCUGCAGAAUGUAUGAAUGAGGAUCUUGUCCUUGAAGACUAGUGCAAAAUAACUUCAAGGGAGGUAACAGAGAGAGAAAGGAAGCACUUCAUAGUAUAGUGGUACCUCUAGUUGCGGACACGAUCUGUUCCGGGGUGCCGUUCGCACCCCAAAAAGUCCACAACUAUAGCAGCGCUUCUGCGCAAGUGCAGAGCACAAUAGAGCGCUUCUGCGCAUGCACAAAGCAAGCAGAGUGCUUCUGCGCAUGCACAAAAUGCACAGAGCACUUCUGCACGUGCGCACAGCAAAACCCGGAAGUAUACACUUCCGGGUAUACACGCGUUCACAACAUGAAACCAGAGCAAUUUGAACAGAAAGGCCUAGAAUGCUGUUUUUGUUUCAAACAUUGCAAAUUGUGGACAAAAUGGACUGUUUCAAGAAGUGACUUUAAAAUUGGAAUAAAUAUUCUUUAAAAAAAAAAAAGAAGAAGUGGCAGAGAGAUAUUUCUAGAUUUGUCUGGCAGGGCAAGAAGCCCAGAAUAAAAUUUAAAAUACUAACAGAUGUAAAGGAAAGAGGUGGAUUUGCCCUGCCAGACUUUAAACUUUACUAUGAAUCAGCAGCUUUUUGCUGGUUGAAAGAAUGGUUGCUUCUCGAAAACACAGACAUUUUGGAUUUAGAAGGUUUUAACAACGUAUUUGGAUGGCAUGCAUAUCUGUGGUAUGAUAAGGUCAAAGCGCAUAAAUCAUUUAAAAACCAUAUUGUCAGGAAAGCAUUGUUUAAUGUCUGGAUAAGAUAUAAGGACUUAUUGGAAAACAAAACCCCAAGGUGGCUGUCACCGAUGGAAGCGAAAGCUCUGAAAAAGCUCAAUAUGGAGGUCAAAUGGCCGAAAUAUUGGGAAAUUUUGGAACAAGAUGGAGAUAGAUUGAAACUGCUGAGUUUUGAAAAAUUAAAAAACAAAGUGCGAGACUGGCUUCAUUACUAUCAGAUAAUGGAGGCAUACAAUUUGGAUAAGAAAAUUGGCUUCCAGGUGGAAAAAUCAAAAUUAGAAAAAGAAUUGUUAGAACCUAAAACUAAGAUUUUGUCAAAGAUGUAUAACUUGCUGUUGAAAUGGAAUACUCAGGACGAAACGGUGAAAUCUGCUAUGAUUAAAUGGGCACAAGACGUUGGGCAUAAUAUAAUGAUGGCUGACUGGGAACAGUUAUGGACCACAGGUAUGAAAUUUACGGCAUGUAAUGCCCUAAGAGAGAAUAUUAUGAAAAUGAUACACAGGUGGUACAUAACCCCAGUCAAGCUUGCAAAAAUCUAUCAUUUGCCCGAUAACAAAUGUUGGAAAUGUAAAGAAACUGAAGGUACAUUAUUUCACCUUUGGUGGACGUGCCCAAGGAUUAAGGUUUUCUGGGAGAUGAUUUAUAAUGAAUUAAAAAAGGUAUUUAAAUAUACCUUCUUGAAGAAACCAGAGGCCUUUCUCCUGGGCAUAGUCGGCCAAUCAGUGCUAAAGAAGGACAGAACUUUCUUUAUGUAUGCUACAACAGCAGCAAGAAUACUUAUUGCAAAACAUUGGAAGACACAAGAUCUACCCACACUGGAGGAAUGGCAGAUGAAAAUGAUGGACUAUAUGGAAUUGGCGGAAAUGACUGGUAGAAUCCAAGACCAGGGAGAAGAGUCGGUGGAAGAAGAUUGGAAGAAAUUUAAAGACUAUUUACAGAAAUAUUGCAAAAUUAAUGAAUGUUAGAAUGAUGACGGAUUGAACUUAAGUGGUUUCUAGCGGUAAUGGUAUAAAAGAAUAUGGAAAAAUUGGUUUUUAAUAUCUAAAAAUUUAAUGUUAUAAUAUAUCAAGAUUAAAGAUCAGGAUUAAAAAGGAGGGAAAGGAAUCGCUGGACUAACAAAUUGAAUUAGAAUACAAAAGAGGGAGAUAUGAGGAGGUCCGGGAAACAAGUAAAUGUAAAAGAAG